UUUCACCAUUGUUUAUUGCAAAAAUUGAACAUUUAAAUGCGCCAACUACUUGUCGAGUCUCUCACAGCAUAUUUGGUGUUAAGUGCAUACGACGACGGCAGUUAAACUUACGACGUACAAAAAAAAAAAACAACAGCAAUUGAGCACCAUAAUUUAAUAACAAUAACAAUAAAAGCAAAAAACAAAUAUGACCACUGAAAUCAACGAUGUUAGCGUCUAUCCCGACUAUUUGCGCGAAAAGUACUUCAAUCAAAUAUUGUUACAGUUAUUUGGUGAAACGGUAAAAUUACGUGAUUUACAAGUGAUACCACAGAAAUCAUUCGGCAACUAUUGCAGUGAUAUCUAUCGUGUUGCAUUGAAAUAUGCACUGAAUGAUAACAAACGUAAGGACGGGGAAGUGGUUGCGAUGAAAGACGAGUCCAAUGCACAAAAUGCAGUUACAAGAGCGGAGGAGUGCGUGUUGAAUGUGCUCGUCAAAGACUUAUUUGAUAAUUUGUCUUCGAUUUCAAAUGAGCAAUUCAUGUACGCACAGGUGCUGCCCGAAAUCAAUAAGAUGCUGCUUAGCUGUGGGCGCAAACCGGUGUCACCGACUGUAUAUCACGCUAUUAAAAAUAACCGAGAAACACAUUUCUUCGAAGAUCUAACACCACGUGGCUAUGUUAUACGGCCACGCACUACUGGGUACAACGAGGACGAGACACGUCUCUUAUUUAAACGCUUGGGAGAAUAUCAUGCGGCAUCGCUCAUCUUCAAAGAAUCUCACCCUGGGAUUGAGGGUAAAAUGCGUGAAUUCUAUGCAGUCAGCGAUCCAGCUCUAGAACUUUUCAUUGAGAAUCAAAUGUACGACAACAUAGAGUAUGUCGUUAAGAUUAUAGAAACCUGGCCGGGUUAUGAGAGCAUCAUCGCGAAAAUGCGUACAAAUACACGAGAAGUGUUUAGCGGUAAAUUCUUGCCAUUAUUUGAUCGGACGCAGUCUAAAUUGAAUUUGGUCUUACAUGGUGAUAUGUGGAUAGCCAAUCUACUGCUGAAGUAUAAUAGCGACGACGGCAGCGCAGAGGAUGCAGUCUUCUUGGACUAUCAGAACAGCAACUGCGGCAGUCCAGCCUUCGAUAUACACAAUCUUUUCAUGACGAGCGUGCAAUUGCCGGUGAUGGCGCAGAGUUAUGAUGAUAUCAUUGCCGAUUAUUAUGUCGCUUUUCGUUCGACUCUACUUGCGCUCAAAUAUCCUGCCGAGCGUGUGCCAGUUUUGCAGUGCAUUCUUGAUGAGCUUCGUCGCACCGAUUACUUCAAUUACUAUUUACUUAUAUUUCCAUUCGCUCAGACGAUGCUCGGCGAUGAAUUGGUAAAAAGCAUGAAUUUCAAUACUCUCCAUGAUGAGAAACGUAUGGAAGCCAAUCGUGCCAAUAUCUAUGGCAACGAGCGUGUCCUGGAGACGUAUAAAUAUAUGCUGAAGGCGUUCGAUGAGAGAGGAUUGCUGGACUGAUGUGAUGUACUUAUAUGAGGUGAAAUCUUUUAUUUUCAUGACAAAAACACUAUGCGUGUAUUACAAUUACAAAUUUUUUAAGCAAAAUUAAAUUUUUAAUAAAUUAUUAAUAUAGGCCAACGAAAUAUAUUUCAUAGCAGUGGGAGUUCUUUUACCCCCUAGCUUUAACUACUCAUCAUAUAUGUAUUAAGCAAUGCUUUUCUGUAAAGUAGGUCUCAGUGGUGGUGAUAACAUACUCAUUGCUCUCAUAUUUUGACCAUGUGAAUGAAUAUUUCAAGUUUGGAUACAAAAAUAAGUCGCAAAGAUCAAAAACUGGAGAAUACGGUGGAUGGAGCAGCAGUUUCUAGACUAUAUUGAUCAGUUUGGCCGUAGAUCACAUCUUUUGAAUCACAGAAAAUAGAGGCCUUUAUCUUUCUGAGCGUGAUCCGAGUUCAUGCAUCUAUUAUGUGUCUGACGUUUUUAGGAGUCCAGCUUACAGUUAAAUACAAGAAAGCUCAGUAUUCUCGCUCUAGGUAAACGCUAUUAUAAUGCCCAUUCAUUCUAUUAUUAUUAUUAUACACUCUAAUAUUAAGUACCUAUUUAUAUUGACAAGAUAAGGUUGCAACGAAAAUGCAUGUGUCAUACGCUUAAUAAAUCAAUAUAAAGAUUUAUCAGUCGUACAUAAGUAUGUACAAUAUAUAUAUUCACUUUAAAGGAACAAAGAAGUUUAAAUAAAAACACAACUAUUUGUGAUAUUGUAUUUAAAAAAA